UCUCUCUCUCUCUCUCUCUCUCUCUCUCUCUCUCUCUCUCUCUCUCUCUCCCUUCCUCUUCCUCUCUCACACAGCCCAUGAAGACAAGUUUAAACUGUUUGUAUGUGGUUAAGAAAUACAGCGCGCACGCACACACACACACACACACACACACACACACAGCACUUGAUAGAUUCAUGUGCUACUAAAAUACAGAUGUCCAUUAUCUUAUCGAGUCUUCUGUUACACUUAAUUUCCUUUCCUUCUCCACAAGCACACCUGUCAUCUUCUCGACUUUUCCUUUUCUCCUGUCUGGCCACAACCCAUCUGCCUAGCGCCUCAUCCCUCCACUUCCUGCUCCCUCUCCCAGUCUCGAAACUCCUGCUGGAAUCACUAAUAAUUGCUCAGGUGCAACCCUCGCCGUAAUGACCCUCCAAGGCCCUCGCCACUCGCUGCCCCCCUUGGUCGCGCCCCGCCUCUUCGAAUCAGCAGCUCUCGUCCAUCCCUCCUCCCCCGCCCUCCGUGACGCCGCCCACACCACUUGGCUCACCUACCAACACUUGGAUCAAGCAGCUAAUAAGAUAGCCAGGUAUUUGGUGCGGCGUCUCACCGGCGGGCCGUGUGCCAACCCCGAUGGUGACAGAGUGGUGGCAGUCUGCCUCCCGCCCUCCUCCCGCCUUGUCACCUGCCUGCUGGCCAUACACAAGGCUGGCGGCGCCUACCUGCCCUUGGAUGCCGCCUUCCCCGCCGGCCGUGUGGCGCAUAUCCUGAGGGACGCCCGCCCCAGCCUUCUGCUGGUGGAGGAGUCGUGCAAGGCAGCGGAGGUGGCACAGGAGGAGGGCGUGCCUGUGUUCAACUUCCAAGACCUUCACGAGGAGGUGGAAGCAAUGAGUGGAGAUCACCUAGGCGAGGAGGAGGUGGGACUGUGCCUCACAGGGGACUCCAUCGCCAUCAUCCUGUACACCUCAGGCUCCACGGGGGUGCCCAAGGGGGUGAGGGUGCCGCACAGGGCCGUCCUCAACCGCCUGGCGUGGCAAUGGCGGACCUUCCCCUACCAGCCAGCAGAGGUGUGUUGCUUCAAGACAGCUCUCACUUUCGUGGACUCCAUCAGCGAAAUUUUUGGUCCUCUACUCACGGGUCACAGCCUCAUAGUGGUGCCCAAGGCCAUGAUCCAAGCCGUGGACGAUCUGGUGUCUGUGCUGGACGAGGCCAAGGUGGGUCGUCUGGUCCUCGUGCCAAGCCUCUUGCGUUCUAUCCUCCUGCACUGCUCCUCCCCCACCGCCCCCAAGCUGAAGGCACUCAAGUUGUGGGUGUGCUCGGGGGAAGUGCUGUCCGCGGACCUCCUCCAGACCUUCUUCACCACUUUCACCAGCGGGCAGAGUAUCUGCAACUUCUUCGGGUCCACUGAGGUGAUGGGGGACGUGACCUUCCUACAGUUCCAUGGCCCCGGCGACGCCUCUGCCAAGCUGGUCAACAACAAGGUCCCUAUUGGCUACCCAAUCGACAACUGCGGCAUCUACCUCCUGGACGCUGACGGCAGACCGGUGCGCGAGGGCAAGAUGGGGGAGCUGUACGCCGCUGGCCUCAACACUGCCAAGGGUUAUGUAGGAGGCGCGCAGCCAGACAAGUUCAUCGCUAAUCAACACACAGCUGACCCAGAGUACAGCGUCCUGUACCGCAUGGGAGACUAUGCCAUGGUAGUGGACGGAGUGCUGGUGUUCGAGGGACGCGCCGACUCUCAGAUAAAAGUACGGGGCCAUCGCGUGGACAUGACCGAGGUGGAGAUAGCAGUGAAGAAGGUCGAGGGCGUGGAUAAGGUCACCAUUAUCUGCUACAAACCCGGCGAGGUCGACCAGGCUCUCCUCGCCUUCUACACGAGUAACAGCAACCCCGCCCUCGCGCCUGACGACCUCAAGCACGCACUGACGAGCCUCCUUCAGCCCUACAUGCUGCCCCAGGUGAUCUGCCUUCAAGACUUCCCUCUACUGGUGAACGGCAAGGUGGACCGUCAGGAGCUGCUCAGGAUGUACGAGCAACGGGCGGCAGGAGGCCUCGAGGACGUGCAGAUAGACGUGACGGGCGUGCAGUCAGCGGAGGAGGAAGCGAUGGCCCGGGUCUUGCUCCUGACACUGGGUCGCGUGCUGGGUCCCGCCGUGGCUAAAGGAACGACUCUCACCCUCGAGUCGAACUUCUUUCACGUGGGAGGCAACUCUCUCAACUCCGUCCUGGCCGUGACUUCCCUCAAGGACAGCGGCUACACUGUCGGAGUGGGCGAGUUCAUGAAGGCUGCGUCACUGCGGGAGGUCCUACACAGCAUGAAGAAGGUGUCACAAGAAGAGGAGGAGGAAGAGGAGGGUGGUGGUGGUGGUGGUGGUGUCUGCUCCCGCUCCCUGACCACUAAGAAACAGUACAGGAGGGAGGCACUCGCCCACCACCAUAAGGAACAGGUCAUAACCCUCAUCUCGACCACCUUCUCUGCAAAGGGUGACCUGGAGAUGUGGAUUCACACAGAGCCAUGGGAAUAUGUCAAGGUACUCGACUUCAUGUACGACGCACUGAUAGAGCACGACCUCAGUUUCGUGUACACGCGGGAGGGGACGCAGGAGGUGGUGGCCUGUGCUCUCAACUUUGAUUUAAGGAAGGAGCCGUCUAUUGAGGAAGUUGUGUCCCCGAGGCUAUGCUACAUAUUGGACUACCUCGAGGACGAAGAGGCUCCUGCCAGAGAGAGUCUACCUGAGGAGGCUGGUCAGGUGAUUCACAGCUUCGUAAUGGGCACCUUGAUCUCCCUUGGCCCUGCAGAGAAUGUCGAAUUAAUACAGAUGAUGGAAGAAGAGAAUCUGAACCUGGCCAAGAGACGAGGGUUCAAGGCAGUCUUCACCACCAACACGUCUCCCUUAACGCAGCAAGUGUGUGACGACCUGCUGUCCUACAAGGUGCUAAAGCUAGGCCAGCCGAACAGGUGGGUCGCCAGUGAUGGGACGAAACCCUUCGCUGCCGCCCCGGACUCCCUGAGCACCGUAACCACCGUGAAGUUUAUCUGAACGUGCCUGGAGUAACAAAUGAGGAUACGCUGGACCAAUUAGGCUACCCCCGUCUCUGCUCCCCAUCACUGCCUGCUUCGCUAAGGGGACGUGGGGGAAGCCAGGAUGUGAAUGGCAGAGAAAACAUCGCAAGGAAAACAAACUCCUGGGUAAAGUCAGCUCAUAAGCUUGGUAAACUCCGAGCAGGUAACCAUGAGAUUAUAACGAUGUGAUCAGGAUACUGUUACAUAGCUAGAGUUCUUAGUUAUUAUUAUUAUUAUUAUUGUUAUUAUUGUUAUUAUUAUUAUUAUUAUUAUUAUUAUUAUUAUUAUUAUUAUUAUUAUUAUUGUUAUUAUUAUUAUUUAUCUUAUCAUUAUUACCAUUAUUAUCAUCACUUAAAGCGUUUUUGUUUCCUUUCCCGUCCUUCCAUUUUCUCCCUUUCACAUCUCCUUUCUCCUUCUUUCUCUCUAUUUUUUUAGGGUUUCCCUCUUCUCUUAAGGCCGGUUCACACUAGUACACACCCGGUCUCCGCUCCUACUAUGACGUCACAAAGAGGAGGAGCUUAAGGAGCGGAUGAGAUAGGAUACACACCUUUCCGUCUUCUGGUCUUCGUUUGCGAAGGCUCUUGUUGAAGUGGCACGGGUUUUUAAGUGUGCUUUUACAAUUUUAGUGACAGAUUAACAAAAUUUCUGCAUUCAAUAGUGUCUAAUUGCAGUGUCACGGGUUUUUAAAGGUGUUUUUUACGAUUCUAGUGACAGAUUAACAAAAUUUCUGCAUUCAGAAGGCUCUACUUGAAGUGAUACACGGGUUUUUAAGGGUUUCUAUGAUUCUUUUGACAGAUUAUCAAGAUUUCUACACUCAAAAGCCUCUAGUUGAAGUGAAACAGGUUUUUAAGUGUUUUUAUGGGUCAACUGACACAUUAAAAAGAUUUCUACACUCAAAAGCCGAUAUAUAUGUAGAAUCCUUUCUCCCUAACUAACUCACUAACCAAUUCCUUCAGCAUUCCUUUCCCCCUGUUCAUCUUCCUUCGAGCCUUCUUGAUUAUUAUUGUUAGGAACGCAUAUAUGUAGCAGCCCUGUAGGUGAGCACAUGAGUAUGCUGUGAGUAUGGAGUAGCCUCGUAUGAGUACACGUAGGGAUAAGUACUGAGCGAGAGAAUGAGUCUCUUGGAUAGUUGGCUGGCUUUGAUGCUGGAGGGAUCUCUGAUGUUCACAUUCAGACAGUGGUGCCGUAUUACCAGUCUUAACAUGGAAUACAAUUAUUACAAUCUCUAUAAUUACAAUGAUGUGCUUCUUCCAAAUUGCUACUGCACUGUAGCAAACAAAAAAAAAUUUGGACUACACCGCAUCCGUACACACGCACAAAGUUGACUUGGAUUCAUUUCUUCCGCACACGACCCACGGUCAGUGCGGGUGGCGGAGCCGGAUACCAGCUGAGCCCGGUUCACACAUGAGGGGAUGGGAGUAACGUCAUAGUUGAAGCGGAGACCGGGGGUGCGGAAUUCGCAAAAACGUACUAGUGUGAACCGGCCUUUACUCUCUUCUUCCCUCCUUUUCUCUUUUUUAUCCAUCUCCCCAUCUCCUCCUUUCCUUCUUCUCUUCCAUUCAUUUUCCUUAAUUUUCAUCUCUUCCCAUUUUUCCCCUACUCUAACCUUUCUUUUUCCUCCUUUUUAUAAUUUUCUUUUCACUUUCCACCUCUUCCUAUCGUCCCCCUGCAUGAGCUACAUAUUUUCCCUCCUCCCUCCCUGCUUGUCUUCAUGUUAAGUCAUUAAGUCAACAUUGCAGUCUGUCUAUCUGUUGUUUGUCUGUCUGUGUAUGUGUCUUUCUGUUUGUUUCGUCUAUAAAGAACUACUGAUGUAAUGGUCAGCAGGUUUAUGGAUUUACGGGUUCGAGUCCCUGGUGGAGACUAUUUGGGUUCAUGUUUCACGCUGUAGCUCCUGUACGCCUAGCAGGGAAUAGAUAAAGUACGCAAAUUAACGAGUUGUAAGCUCUAAGUGUGCCGGGGUAUGCGCCCUUUAACCUGCCCUACCCUAUGUAAUCACUGGGGAAGGCUUAUGUUCAGCAGUGGGAGAGGCUGAUGGUAAUGAUGAUGAACAUAAUCAAGUAUUAAGUGUAUUAUAGAGAAUUCUUGUAGCCUAGCGGUGUGAUGUCUGGUCAUUCCUUUAACUCUCCUAAAGCACCUUCUUCGUAUUUUCUCUUCUCUCACUUGCUCCAUUAGUAUGCGUAUACUCAACCAAGAUCAAGGGAGGAGCUUGAUCUUGUUUUCAACUCAUUUAUCUCUCUUCCUAACAUUCUCUACUCCCUUUCUCUUGGUUCUACUUACAGACCAUUUUUCUACUAUGCCAUUCGUUAUUCUAUCAAGGCUCUCUCUCUCUCUCUCUCUCUCUCUCUCUCUCUCUCUCUCUCUCUCUCUCUCUCUCUCUCUCUCUCUCUCUCUCUC